GCUUUCCCUCUCAUACACACUCACGCAUACACACUCUCACUUCACGUGUGCACACGCACACUCAGUGGAAGUCAGCCGGCUGCCUCUGAGCCUCACUAGAAGCUUCACAGAGAAGAAAUCCUGGUGACUUUAUCCAUCACCUCUGGAUGUUUGCCUGCCUGCGCUCGUCCGUCUCCAGGACUCCCAUGUCCGCACACUUCCAGAUCCAACGCUGUUUGUUUGGACUCUCUUGCUUUUGUUUGCUGCGACGGCUGUCCCUGUCACCAUGGAGGAGUGUUAAUAUCGGAACUGCCGGCAUUGCUUUUCCCUCCGUUUUCCUUUUCUGGCACUCAAAGAGCAGAAGUGGAUGCCUGGAUUUUUUUUGGUGGCUGCGUGCCGGAGCAGAGUGCUUACCUCAGGAUUUGCAGUCCACUGGGGGGGUAUGAUAAACAGCUGCGAAGGGAGGACGGUUUGCACUGCAGCAUCAGACUGUCAUCUCUUGUUCCACGUUGGGGAUUUUUUCUCGAGGUUGCACAGAUGCACAUAUUUCAGACCCAGAAGCAGCAGCAGCAGCAGCAGCAGCAGCAGCAGAGCCUGGCUGCGUUUUGCAUACACAGAUGGAUUACUGCUACUUUAAGGAUGAGCUCCCUGCCCGCUGAGGGAGAAAAGAUGCUGAUUUAAGAAGAACAGGAGGCAUUUUGGAGCAGAGGACGGGACGAGCAACUUCAGGAUUAAAAAAAGAGACUUGGUUGACGGGAUGACCGCUGCGUUGAGCUGAAACCGUCCCCCUUCUGCUCCCUCCUCCCUCCAGUCCAAACAUGAACUCUUCCUCUGAUGCUAACCAAAGCAGCUCUCCACCGUUCUGCCUGCUGGGCUCCGUGGGAUACUCCCAUAGACUUGAUACCUGUGUGCUGGAGGUGGUCGUCAUCCUCUUCCUCACUGUGCUCAUCAUCGCCGGCAACCUGGUGGUGAUCUUCGUCUUCCACUGCGCCCCACUGCUGCACCACCACACCACCAGCCACUUCAUCCAGACCAUGGCCUAUGCCGACCUGCUGGUGGGCGUCAGCUGCCUGGUGCCCUCGCUGUCCCUCCUCCACUACCUCCGAGGCCUGAAUGAGGAGCUCACCUGUAAGGUGUUUGGCUACAUGGUUUCCGUGCUGAAGAGCGUCUCUAUGGCCUCGCUGGCAUGCAUCAGCGUGGACCGCUACAUUGCCAUCACCCGCCCGCUGUCGUACGCCACGCUGGUGACACCAUGCCGGCUGAGGGUGUGUAUCGUCCUCAUCUGGGUUUACUCCGCUGUGAUCUUUCUGCCCUCGUUCUUCGGCUGGGGGAAGCCGGGUUACCACGGGGACAUAUUUCAGUGGUGUGCAGACUCCUGGAAGACCAACCCAGCGUUCAGCACCUUCAUUGUGGGGCUGCUCUACGCACCAGCAGCUCUCACGGUCUGCUUCACCUAUGGGAGUAUAUUCAGGAUCUGCAGGCAGCACACAAGGGAGAUCACCCAGCGCCACGCCCGCUUUAGCUCACAGACUGAUGCCGAUAAGGGCGAGCGGGGAGAGCGGUGCGAGGGCUGCCCGGACAAACGCUACGCCAUGGUGCUGUUCCGCAUCACCAGCGUCUUCUAUGUGCUGUGGAUGCCGUACAUCCUCUACUUCCUCCUGGAGAGCGCUGGGCUGUAUCACCACAAGGUGGCGUCCUUCCUCACAACAUGGUUGGCCAUUAGCAACAGCUUCUGUAACUGUCUCAUCUACAGCCUCUCCAACAGCGUCUUCCGGAAAGGUCUCUGCCGCCUCUUUAGUCCGUUGUUUACUUCCUGCCUCGGCUGCACAGAUGCCAAGAAGGCUCCAGCUCCAGUCAGCCCGCGACCAGACCCUUGAUGCCAAGGAUGAGCCCUAUUGACGAUGGAUUCGGUUCGCUCACUUUGGAGGAAUCAGCCCUCUAUGUGUGCUUUGCUCUCAGCUGCAUAGCAUGACACAGGUCUUUUUGGUCCAGCAAUGAAGUGUGUUGAGGACCCUCUGCACUGAGCACAGAGAGGUGCCCGUGCAGAUGCCUGUUGUUCGUCUCAAAGGCUGAUUUUGUGGAAAGGGGAGUCUGUGAAAUUCCUUCUGGGUCUUUCUCAAAUGCUCUUCAGUGUGAUGCUGCUCUUUCAUUGCUGCAAGGAUGACAAGCUGGUGACACGGAGUAACGUAAAGUUUAUGCUGAUGAAGACAGUGCACUGUAGGACCAAGAAUCGUGUCAGUUCAGAGGAUUUUAUUAACAGCUCCGCCUGCACUGACUUAAGAACUCCCAGAUGCAAAAAAGGAAAGCACAACACGACUUGUGUUGUGCAAUCCACUGAAAUGCAAAUAAUAUAAUAAUAAUAACAUUUUCAAGCCUGACUGAAAAAUCAGCAAAUUGGUUCUUUCAGGGUAGAAGUAGGUGAUGCAAAAAACAACACUUGAAAGAUACUGCUGAUCUGUUUCCCUUUGGGAAACUCCAGAUUCUAAUGAGUUAGUGUAUAAAUAUUAUUUACCAAAAAAUCAUCUGAUAAUCAGCCUGUGUGUGAGUUAAAAAUGUGCAUCGGAUGGACCUUAAGCUCAUUUCCCAGAAAGAAGAUUGAAGGUUAUUUAGGAGCUCGUGUGUGUUUUAUCAAAAGGAUUCUUCUCUAUUGAAGUUGGGUGUUAGUGGGAAGCUCCAAGUACGUUUACACAGCCUCGGGUUUCACAUGAAAAUGUUGAUUUAAGAAUUAGCUUUACUUUCUAAGAUGGCCGCUGACCUGGGAAGUUUUCCUGCCAGCAGACACUGGCGGAUCCUCGCCAAUAAAUAAGUUGUAUCUAUUUGGAGAGUUUUAUUCUCUGUUUGCGUUUCCUCCUCAGGUUUAUCAGCAGUUAUUUAAGCCUCUGGGCUGUUUGCCUUUGAUCUCAGCUGAAAGAUACAUGAUUUGUAAAUCACAAGACGUAACGCCAUAAGAUAAUCACCUCCUGACUUGUUGUGCGGUCGCUGUCAGUGUUGAUAAUGAAUCUGCUGGGAUCCACACGGCUUUGAUGCAAGGACUAACUUCAUUGUAAUCUGUAAGUUUAUUGCUCGUGUCUCUCUUUUUAGCCCUCAAGCAAGCUGAUAGCUGUUCAAAUCAAUGUAAAGUGGAAGAGAAGUGGUAUUGCCGUGCAUCACAAGCCCGACGUCAGAGUGUAAGAGGGUCAGAGCACUUUUAUGAGAGCUAGUGACAGCUUGUGGCCUUUUUGGCUUCAUGUAAAUACACUUCAGAGUUUAAAUAUUUAAACAGUGGCUAACUGUGCUCUUUGGGGAAUUUUUGGCAGCCCCUGAUGUAGAAGUAGACCGUCAGGAUUACAAAUGAUUUUGUGGAUAAAGUGAUGUUAUGUUUUAUAAGAUAACUUAUUUGUCACAGCCAAGUGAUCUGACAUGCUGCACUAGAGACUGAACCUGUUUAUAUAUAUUUUUUUUUACAGUGUUGGAAAAGUGUUUCUCUAUAUUCUGAAGAAAGACUUGAGACCUUUUGAGAUCUAGAGUUUGGUUUUGAAGUCACAAUGAAAUGGAAUUUCUGAGAGCGUCUUGCUCCUGAAUUUGACUAAUUUGUGGCUGAAAAAGGAGAGGAAACAAAAAAGAAAGAAACUGCAUGGGUGGAUUGAAACACAUUAUAACACUAUAUAUCCAAAGUUUGUCCACAUACGUGUGUACUUUUUGCCUGGGACUGUUUUCAUGGUUUGGGCUCCUGCAUACAAUGGUAUUUUCAAAGGCAAAGGAAAAGGGCAUAUUUGGGACAAAAUCAGAAUUUUGAAGUUUUUCUACUGUUUUAUCUAAAAAAAAAAACCCAAAUAUGCUAUAGAACUGUAAGUUUUUUCUCUAAAUACAGCAUGCGAAACAUGCAGUAUGUACAAAACUGAACAACAGAUGCUGCACUCUGGUGUAAUUUUUUGUGUAUUUAUGUAUUUAGUGGUUUAUUUAAUAGGGUUACAUUGCAGUAAAUGAGCCAGAAUUAGCCCUAAGGCUAAACAACCUGCGGUCCCAUUUCUUGUAAUCUUUGUCACAAAGAAACCACCAACUGAGCAAUGUUGGGCCAUGUUUUAUUUCAUUGUGACUUUAAGAGCAGCUAUUGCUGUAAGGUAAUGAGGAUUAUAGUUUCUGGUUUAUUUACAUUUUCCCCCUAUAGGCACCAGCUACUGUCAGGAGGAUCAUAAGUCCCACUGACUCUGCUGCCCCCAAUAUGUUCUAUUUAUAUAGCAUUUUUCUAUAACAGUAUGUCUUAUGUAUUCAGUAUCUGCUAUAAAAAUGUAAUUUCCUGUAAAGUGCUGACAUGUUUUAUUCCUCCUCCCGAUUUGUUGUGAAAGAUGCUCCACCGACAGACUUAAACUGCAUGAUUCUGGUUCAUUCUGAAUCGAUAGUCCUGUCUCAUGAUGCUACUGAGCGCAAUUUACUGAUUUUACUCCUUGUCUUAGUAUGCUAACUACUGUUGUGCACAGAUAUCUUGUUUUAUGAGGGCCAAGAGUUCCUGUUUGUUCCUGUACAGUUUUUGUCAGAAAACAAGAAUGACCUGCAGAAAACCUUCUGGCACACCUGUGAUCUUUUCGUGUCACUGCUGUCGGGACAAAAUUGAUGCAAAUCUGCAAAAAGUGAAGUUUUGUAAGGAGUUUAAAACAACAACAACAUUUUUCUUUUUAAAGUUAUGGAAACAGAGUUCAUCAAGUUUCAAGAAGUAAAGCAUCAAAGGUCUCAAAGUAUAAAUUACUGUGAACAGUUUUGUGUUAUUUUCUCUCGUCAGCAGUAUGAUGCUGCUCAACAGUGGAAGUUAGUGCAAUACAGCAUGCUGGUUUUCCCCCAAACCACAACAAAUCAAUAAUAGUAGAAGAAAAGUCUGAAUGAAAGGGCUUUUGGUAUCUUUACUCUGGUUGAGCCGUUUGCUAUUCAGCAUGUGAUCUGUACAAGUUACUUUGAAAAUCUCCUGCAGAUCAUUGUAAUUGAAUUGUGUGAUUAAAAUGAAAUAUUCUGA